GUGUUUACAGAUGCCCCAAUUGCAAAAACCAGCUCCCCAAUUCAAGGGUACCGCCGUCGUUAAGGGUGCCUUCAAGGACAUCUCCUUGUCCGACUACAAGGGCAAAUAUGUUGUCUUGUUCUUCUACCCAUUGGACUUCACUUUCGUCUGCCCCACCGAAAUUAUUGCCUUCUCUGAUCGUGCUGCUGAAUUCCGCAACAUUGGAUGUGAAGUGAUCGGUUGCUCUACCGACAGUCAAUACACCCAUUUGGCAUGGAUCAACACACCCCGCAAACAGGGUGGUUUGGGUGAAAUGGACAUUCCAUUGUUGGCUGAUAAGUCAAUGAAAAUUGCUCGCGACUACGGUGUAUUGGACGAAGAAACCGGUAUUCCAUUCCGUGGUCUCUUCAUCAUCGAUAAAAAUCAAAACUUGCGCCAAAUGACCGUCAACGAUUUGCCCGUUGGUCGCAGUGUCGAUGAAACCUUGCGUUUGGUGCAGGCAUUUCAGUUCACCGACGAACACGGAGAAGUGUGCCCAGCCAACUGGAAGCCCGGACAAAAAACAAUGGUCGCCGAUCCCAAAAAGUCUCAGGAAUAUUUUGCUGCCGCUUCGUAAAUGUUGUGCGAGUAAUCGUAUUUACGAUGAAGAACAUGAGCAUAUUCAUA